ACCGCGGCCGCCAUUUUGUUCUGCGGUGCUGGUAUUUAGAGCGCAGCGGCUGACGGGCCGGGUCGCCUUCGCAGCCGCCUGACUGCUCCGCUCCUGCUCGCUCGCCGUGCCCGGCCCGUCCUCGCCCCCGCCUCGGCCUGCUGAGCUCGACCUCUCCCCACCCGCAGACAUGUCCGAGGCCAAGAACGGCCCCGAGUACGCCUCCUUUUUCGCGGUCAUGGGCGCCUCGGCCGCCAUGGUCUUCAGCGCCCUGGGUGCUGCCUAUGGUACAGCCAAGAGUGGCACCGGCAUUGCAGCCAUGUCCGUCAUGCGGCCAGAACUGAUCAUGAAGUCCAUCAUCCCAGUGGUCAUGGCUGGUAUCAUCGCCAUCUACGGGCUGGUGGUGGCAGUCCUCAUCGCUAAUUCCCUGAAUGAUGGCAUCAGCCUCUACAAGAGUUUCCUCCAGCUGGGUGCUGGCCUGAGCGUGGGGCUGAGCGGGCUGGCAGCCGGCUUUGCCAUCGGCAUCGUGGGGGACGCUGGUGUGCGUGGCACGGCCCAGCAGCCCCGGCUGUUUGUGGGCAUGAUCCUGAUCCUCAUCUUCGCCGAGGUGCUCGGCCUCUACGGUCUCAUCGUGGCCCUGAUCCUCUCCACAAAGUAGCCCCUCUCUGAGCGCACCAGCCACAGAAUAUGAUGUAAAGACCAUCCCCGCAUUCCAAGAUGAACAGCCUGACACACAUGCACGGGGCAGCUGCCCCCCCCCAAUAGUUGGUCUUGUAAAUGCGCAGUGUCCUAGUGCCCAUCGUCUGUUCCCCCUGGCCUUGCCCCCGCCUGCCCCGUGCCGUGGACAUCUGGGCCCACUCAUUACCCAUCCAGGCCCCCGACCAGUGAGGACGCAGGCCUCUGCUGCCCCCACUCAUCUACCCUAGAGUGCUCUGUGUAUAAGGAUGAAUUAGAGUUGUCAUUUUCUCUUCACUGGAUGUUUAUUAUUUAUAAAGAUUUGACCUGUUCAUACGUCUGUGGAGCAGCCCUCCGUCUCCCAACUAUAUAGUAAUCUUAGGUAGUGUUGCGUUGUGGGGUUACCGUUUGCCCUGAGACUCGUUGGAUGGAACCACCCUUCCCCAGCCCCGGCUGCCGGGGCUGCGGGGCCAGAGCGCUGGGCCUGCCAGGUCCGGAGCCGAGCCAUGUCCAAUAAAGUUCUCGGUUGUGACUGGA